AUGUCAAGCAUGCCUGUGGUAAUAUUUGACAAUGGGUCAGGAUAUUCAAAGCUAGGGUUUGCAGGCAACACUGAUCCUAACUAUAUAAUCCCUACAGCAAUCUCAAGUCGUGAAUCUCUCGGAGUUCCUGUCUCACGUUUACAAUGUGAAGACCUUGACUUUUUUAUCGGUGAAGACGCAUAUCAAAACCAAAAAACUCACAAUCUCUCGUUCCCUAUCAAAGAAGGCCAAAUCAACAACUGGGACGAUAUGGAGAGAUUUUGGGAGCGAACAAUUUAUUCUCUUAUGAGCGUUGAACCUCAAGAACACGUCUUUAUGCUUACUGAGCCUCCUAUGAAUCCACCUGAAAACAGAGAACAAAUGGCAGAAAUCAUGUUCGAGACCUUUGACGUAAAAGGCCUAUAUAUCGGCGUUCAGGCAGUUUUAGCUCUAUUUGGCUCCAACUUAUAUAAAGAAAAACAAAAUCUGACUGGGACUGUAAUUGACUCUGGAGACGGUGUCACCCAUAUAAUCCCUGUGGCCCAUGGAUAUGUGAUAUCUUCUUGCAUAAAGCAUAUCCCGAUUGCUGGGAAAGAUAUAACGAAAUAUAUUGCGAAAGCUCUUAAAGACAGAAGAGAGCCUAUUGCGACUGAAGAUCUGAUGGAUGCUGCAAGAGUAAUUAAAGAAAAGAAUUGCUAUGUAUGCAAAGAUAUGGAUAAAGAGCUGCUGAGAUUUAAUGACAAAGCAGAGUGGAAGAAUUAUGAAGGGAUAGGAAGAACUACAGGUGCUCAAAUCAAUGCUAAAGUAGGGCCUGAGAUGUUCUUAAUCCUCCCAUUUGGCUAGUGAGUAAAACUAUUAGAAAUCCCAAUUUUUUUGAAAAUUAAAAACCCUUUGAUACGAACAAAAAAAUUUUUAAUUUUUUUUUGAGUCGAAGCAAUAAUUAAUGAUUAUAGUAAUAAAAUUUUGAAAAUUGUAUUAAAUUUUUGAUUUUAAUUAAAGUAAUAUUAUUUUUUAUAAUCCAAAAAAAUUAAAUCUCCUUAUCAUAAAAAUCUUUCUUGCUCAACAAGGGGGGUUAGGGCCUGAAGUAUUCUUUUCACCAGGAAAAUUCACAAGAGACUGGGACAAGCCACUCGACGAGUGUUUGGACUCUACAAUUCAAGGGUGCCCAAUUGACCUGAGACGUGACUUGUACUCAAAUGUCGUCCUAUCUGGUGGGACAACACUAUUCAAGAACUUCCAUCACAGGCUUCAAAGGUCAAUGCAGCAAAGAGUUAAUGAUAGAUUAGCCAGAUACGCUGCAAGCUCAGGAAAUACUCCAAAGCCAAUUGAAUGCAAAAUCAAUGCCUAUAAAACCCAACGAUAUGCAGUCUGGUAUGGCGCCAGCAUGUUUGCAGCAUCCCCUGAAUUCUCUCGAGUUGUCCAUACCAGGGAAGAGUAUCUGGAGCAUGGCCCUAGCAUUGCCAGAAGGAACGUCGUAUUUGGCUCAGGCGUAUAG